AUAAAGAAUUUGAUGAGCCAGCUAGGAACCAAGCAGGAUUCCAGCAAGCUUCAGGAGAACUUACAACAGCUACAGCAUUCUGCAAACUGCCUUGCCAAAGAGACCAAUGAAUAUUUAAAGGAGUUGGGGUCUCUACCACUUCCUCUAUCUGCUUCUGAACAGCGCCAACAGAGGCUUCAGAAAGAACGUUUAAUGAAUGACUUCUCCAUGGCCUUAAAUAACUUCCAGGCAAUACAGAGGCGAGUGUCAGAGAAGGAAAAAGAGACUGUAGCAAGGGCGAGAGCUGGCUCCCGUAUCUCUGUAAGUAUGCUGUGGUUCAGAGAAGAACAGCUUGUUUCAUUUGAUAGUGGUGAAGAUUGGAAUCAAAUGCAGUCUCAGGAAGAUGAUGUGGCAAUAACUGAACAGGACCUUGAACUCAUUAAAGAAAGAGAAACAGCUAUCAGGCAAUUAGAGGCAGACAUUUUGGAUGUCAAUCAGAUAUUUAAGGAUUUAGCCAUGAUGAUUCAUGACCAAGGAGAUAUGAUUGAUAGCAUAGAGGCAAAUGUGGAAAGUGCAGAAGUCCAUGUGGAAAGAGCCAGUGAGCAGCUACAGAGAGCUGCCUAUUAUCAGAAGAAAUCCCGUAAGAAGAUCUGUAUCCUGAUUCUUGGGCUUGCGGUGGCUUCUAUAAUCAUAGGAUUCAUUAUCUGGCAGACAACAAAAUGAAAUUUUUACAUGGAACCUAGUCUCAUUGCUGAGAUUUUUUUUUUUUUUUUCCCCUCGGAGCAAACAGGCUGACUCGUCUGGGAAAUGAAUUGACUACCUUGAGAGAGCACAAGCUGGAACUACUUCUAGUAAUAGAUAUUAGCAACUAAUGUGCAGAUAACUAGUAUUUGGAAUUAGUGAACCAUGGAGACAGUAUUUAUCAGUUUAUAUACAAAUUAUAUUGUUUUAUGUAACUAAAAUCUUGUGACUUUUGCUUUCUGUAAUGUAUUAUUCCCUGUCCCAACUGUAUGCUGAAGUGUGAUCUAUAAUUGGAGAUGUCUUGUUUUUGACAAGUGGCACAACUUUAACAUUUUAUAUGUAUAGGUAACUUUGUUGGACUGGAAUAAGAAUGACAUUCAAAGACGGCACACCACCGAUUCGCAUUACCUUAAUCUAGCAGUUUCUAAAGUCUCCAGUAUCUGCCCCAUGGUUUUAUUAGUCUCCAAGUGGCUGUGGUUCUAGAUUGACUUGAAGAGAAAGAUGUUACAGAUUUGAAAGGCAAGAAGUAUGCAUGGAUGAUAGUUGGAACCACUGUGUGCUGGUCAGUUUAGCCGUGAGACUCGUAACUGGUGUUUAAUUUUUUUUGAGCAUGGUUGGGGUUGUUUUUUUCCAAAAUGUGUCA